GGGAAUCUCUGCCCUAAACCAAAACCCAUUAAUUCUCUAUGGUAGUGCUAAACCAUCACGGAUGUAAAAUAUCUUUGGCCACCAGUGGCGCUGUUGUGCGGACCGAGCGUUUACCCGGAUGCAAAGCGUUUCUCUGGACAUUCUCUGUCAGUCUACCCGGGACAAAGCACUGACGCAACGGUGCACCUUCGUCGGACCUCGUGCUGUGAGGAAGUCACUAAACAAAACCCCACGUCCGCCGUCGCUGGCAGUUAUCGACCACCUGCUCAACAAACACCGUGAGCAGAAAGACAUGCUGAAGCUUGUGGACCAGGACUACGCUGCUCUGCACAACUCCUGUACAGACCCCAACAGCAUGCUCCACCCAACAACAAAACUACAUAUCCUACAAUAUGUAAAGCACCUCGGCAAAUUGUUGAACACCAGUUCCUCUUUAAACGUCAGUCCAGAAAAACUGCAAAAGAGGCUGAAACUCUGUCACUCUCUGACAGAGGCGAGUGAGACCACUAGUGUGCCAGUUGUUACGAUGUCGGUUGCAAUUGUUCACCCACCUCCACCUGUUCAGAUGCUGACUCAAGCCUCUAUUGAGAAGGUUGUACUCAACGUCAUGGAAAAGCAGCAGCAACAUAAACAGCAACAACAACAACCGGGGCAAAAGAAGGGACACACGAAAGACAAAGUUCUUUCAGCUAGAACUGGAUGCCACACAGAAAAGGGUGACAGAGAAAGGACAGCAGAAGAGGAAGAGAAAACAGUCGUCACAUUCAAACUCGGUUCCCUGGAGUAACAGGGAAGUACAUUUUCUGCCCCGCUAAAAUCUUUUCACUAUACAAAGACCAGGGCAUGGAUAAGGAAAUGACGUGGAGAGUGUUCCAGGGCUCUGCUUUCUUUGAGAAAGAAAAACAGAGAUUGGAGGCUGAAAGGAGGAAAGAAGAGAAAUAAUAGGGGGAGUUCCAUCUAGCAUUUUAAGUCCAAUUAUUUGUAAUAUUCAUGUUGUAAUUUGUUUAUAUAUUGGUUUCUUGCAUUUGUGACUUUGUACAUCAUUCUUUAUAUUUGGUUUUAUGGUUUGAUAUUCAUUAGUUUAAUUAUUUAGAUUGUUUGUUGUUUGUGUAGGACUAUACAAAUCUGUUGAUCUAUCAGUGUUCAACAUUUACUGUCCCAAGUUAAUAAAUAUAUUUCAAUUA